AUAGAAGUGAAUGCGAGGGAUAAUGUUGUAAAAAAUUACCCUGGCAUGAGUUCUAUCAAUAAAAAGUUAUUAAAAAAAAAAAAAGGAUAAAGAGUUUAGAGCCCACUAUUGGAGGCCUUGAAUGUUAGAGUUACAAGUUUUUUGUUUGAUCUAAUCAAGUUGGGGAAUUACUGCAAGUCUGAGUAAACAAUGACACUACCAUAACAAUACAUUCGGAGAAUCCUUGUGCAGAUAUAUAGGGCAUAAGUCAGAGGAGAGACAAAUUAAAAGCAGGAAGACUUUGGGAAAUCAUUACAAUAUUCCAAGUAAGAAGAGAUGAUGGUCUGCAUUGUCUUGCUGGCAGCAGCAGGUGGUACAUGGGACUGAUAUUGCAGAGGCCAAAAUUAGGGAUCAUGACUGAUGGAGUAAGAAGUAUUGCCAGAGGGUUUGGUUUCUGUGACUUGGGAAUGGGGACAGUUAGAAAAAAUACAGCAGUUAGGAUUCUGGAGAACCAUUACUUUGCCUCACUUGUACACUUCUCCAUGUUUCCCUGUGUGUGUGUGUGUGUGUGUGUGUUUCUUAUCAGUGAUAAAUGAUUUGAAGGUAGAGACUAUCAUUCUUACAUUGACAUCUUUCCCCCAGGGCUGAGCAGCCCAGUAAAUGUUUGUUGAAUUUGUUGGCCAAAUGUGAAUUUGUCUAUCUCUUACUUCUAAUUCUGCCCUCUGGGGCCAAACAGAACAAAUUUGACUCUAACAUUUCUUCACCUUUGUGACUUGGAUGUCAAGAUGCAUUGAACAGAUAUUUAGUAAGCACCUACAACAUGCAGAAUACUUUGUUGACUGCUAAUGGUUAUUAAAAGGCUACCUUCAAAGAAGUCUUGUUGAAGGGAAUGUUCAUUUUUGUUAAAGUAUCUAUUUUUGUAGUAUUCAUUUUUGAUACUACAAAAAUACCAACUUAACAAUAUUAAUUGAUUUUUUUCAGAAUAAUUUCCAAAAUGGCACCAGAUUCUAAAAGAAAUGAUUACAAUCAAAGCUCUCAGAAUGCUCUGUUGCCAGAUCUCCCUAAAGGCCCAUUAUGUAUGUAUAGAGCAAAAUCAUCUUUCAAUUGGAAGGAACUGUUGCUACUCUUAGAUGGAGAAGACAUGAUCAUUUUUAAGAAAAGAAUCUUCUCAGCCUUUGAAAAUGAUCCUCUUUUUGCUCAUCACCCUGGAGAAGAAUUGCCUAUUGAGAAGUAUCGUGAACUAAACUUUCUGCGCUGCAAAAGACUGUUUGAAUAUGACUUUCUUAAUAUACAAGAGAUGAUAAAGAAUCCACUGAAAAUUUUUAUGCUGAUUAACUGCCUAGGAAUGUAUGAUUGGUCCUUAUCUGCCAAAUACUUUUUAAAUACAUAUGUUUUUGCUUCUACAAUUCAGAAUUCUGGGUCCCAAAGACAUAUGCAUUUUAUUCAGAAAACCUUAAACAUGGAGAUUUUUGGAUGUUUUGCUCUGACUGAAGUGAGUCACGGGAGCAAUACCAAGGCUAUUCGGACAACUGCCCAAUAUGAUCCCACCACUCAGGAAUUCAUCAUCAAUUCUCCUGAUUUUGAAGCUUCUAAAUUUUGGAUUGGUAAUAUGGGAAAGAAUGCCACUCAUGCAGUAGUAUAUGCCCAGUUAUAUACCCCAGGAGGCCAGUGCCAUGGAUUACAUUCUUUUGUUGUACAGAUACGAGAUCCAAAGACACUUCUUCCCAUGCCAGGAAUCAUGGUCGGUGACAUUGGAAAGAAACUCGGACAGAAUGGUUUGGACAAUGGGGAUGUUCGACAACGUUUUGUUGCUUCACUGUUUUCUCUGUCUCCUGCUAGAGUUAGUGUUAUUGGAAUGUCUGUGGUGAAUUUGAAACUGGCUUUAUCAAUAGCAAUUCGUUUCUCAGCAACUCGUCGUCAGUUUGGACCAAGUGAUGGUGAUGAAAUUCCAGGUCUUGAAUAUCAAAUGCAGCAAUGGCGCCUGAUUCCUUACUUGGCAGCUGCAUAUGCCUUAGAUCAUUUUGCAAAAACUUUGUUUGAGGACAUGACAGAAUUUCUAAAAGGCUUUUUACAAAAUGAUAAUAAUAUUAUACAGGCUGAGCUUGGAUAUGAAAUUCAUGCAUUAGCAUCUGCUGGCAAACCUCUAGCUUCCUGGACUGCCCAGCAAGGAGCUCAGGAAUGUCAAGAAGCUUGUGGAGGGCAUGGUUAUUUGGCCAUGAAUCGUCUGGGUGAUAUUAGAAAUGACAACGAUCCAAACUGUACCUAUGAAGGAGAUAAUAAUGUCCUGCUUCAACAGACCAGCAACUAUUUACUGAGAUACAUCAAAAACAGACAUCAAGAUAAAACUCGUAUUAAAAGUCCCCUGGAAUCUGUAAAUUUUCUUGAAGAUUUUGAAGAUAUUCUUGGACAGAAGUUUAUGAUAUCCAGAGUUGAAGAUUGCAUGGAUUCUUCAGUUUCUCUGGCAGCAUACAAGUGGUUGGUUUGUUACCUACUACAAGAGAGUCAUCAAAAAUUAAAUCAGGAAAGAAAAUCUGGAAGUGGUGAUUUUGAAGCAAGAAACAACUGCCAGGCCUACUACUGCCAUUCCCUCGCUCUUGUCUUCAUUGAGCACACAGUGUUACAGAGGUAUCAUGACUAUACACACCAGUCCAGCAUACCAGCUCCUCUUCAGCCGGUCCUGAAGCGUCUCAGUGCUUUGUAUGGACUCUGGUCUCUAAGUCAGCACCUGGGAGUGCUCUAUCAAGGUGGAUAUUUUUCUGGUGAACAAGCAGGUAAAGUGAUAAAGAAUGCUAUUUUGGAUCUGUGCGCAAAGCUGAAAGAUGAUGCAGUUGCCCUGGUAGAUGUCAUUGCUCCUCCGGACUUCAUUCUGAACUCACCAAUUGGCAGGGCCAAUGGCGAGCUGUAUAAAAACCUCUGGACCACUGUCCUUCAGGGAAAGAAUGUCCUAGAGAGGGCAUCAUGGUGGCCUGAAUUUUCUGCCUACAAACCUACCAUAGGAAGUUGGAAAUCAAAACUCUAGAUUGAGCACGAAUGCUAAGGUACCACUUGGACAUUUAUCCUUGAGCAAUUGCAUCUUUCUACAAAGAUCCAGGCUUGGAGGGCUAUCAUUCUGGCAUCCUAUUUGACUACAUACAGAAGACUUUGAACAGCACCACUAUUUCCCAAGACAGCCCAUCUGUUCUUAUCAAUCAAUUCUGGAUGCACACCAAUCUUGUUUAGCAGUAUUUGCUUCCUUGCAUGGGGUAAUUUAUAAUUUACCAUUAUAAUUUUUAUGCUUAUCAUAAUUUGCUACAUAAAAUGGAAAUAUGGUAAAGUAUAUUGGCCUUGAUAAAUGAACAGACUAUUUAGAUUGAGAUUUAUUUAGAUUAUUUGAACUUCAUACAUUCUAUUUUUUAAUUUAAAUCUGUUGAUCACAGUCACUCAUUAAGUGCCUUCUUUAUGAAAUUUAUUACAUUAAUACCUGAGGGAGAUAACAAAUAUAAAAAAGAAAAAAAAAAUCCUUCAAGGAGCUUAUGUUAUAGCAAUAAUAGAGUCUGGAUAAAAUAUUUAUGUAGAUAAAAAUAAGUCAUCUUAGAAUAUGGUACAAUUAGAAAAACAAUUCAAGAUGCUGUGAAAUAAAAAUUAAGGAGACAUCACUUCCAGGUAGGGAAAAUCAAUGAAGACUUCCUGGAGGAGUUAGCAUUUGAAGAAUAUAACAGGGAGAGGUAACAAUGGAGAACAUUCCACAAGAGCAAGAACUUGGAAAGUGGAAAGCAUGGGGUAUGUGCCUUGUGGGAAGUUGGUGCUUAGCAACCAUGGCAUAUUCCAUGUCCAGAGAUUUCCAUGCCUUUGAUCUCUUCAAUCAAUCUGGGAAUGUCUGCUUAACUGAAUUCCUUGUGCUGUUUGAGAUUUACUCUAAAUCCAGAUUAGCUUCUUUUACAUGAUCAUUGCAAUUCAAUUUCAUUAAUCUGGUCUAAAUAAGGAAACACAAAGCCUGAAUUAUGGACUUGAAGGAGCAUUGUGGUUUCAUUGCUUUUAAGCAUUUAACUGGAAAUAACCAUCAAAAAAAUGUCUUUAAGAAGAGAGAAGAAAUCUAGAACUCAUUUGCUAGAUCAUUGCUAAUUUGAGGCAUUCAUUAUAUCCAUUUUUUCCCUUCAUUGAUUAAAUGUGUUUCUCCUCUUCAUCAAGUAAAAUAAAUCUAUUGCAAUUUU